AGAGCUUAGCUGCACAGCUAUUACACCAAAGCAGAAAAGUCAAGGGACAAGCAUCUUGUGUGAGAUUCUCCAGCUUGAAGAUUGCAUGUUUGAAAACCUGUUUUGAGGUUGUUAACUGAGUAUGCAGUAGGCAAUUGCUGGCUCUUCACUCAGAAAUAAAUUCAAUCCAUAAAAGGUUGGACUCCUUACUGAGGCAUAUUGAACAGAAAACAUACAUGCUUUUGCGUUUCUCUGAAGAACCAAGAAAAUUCUGAGACACAUAAUGGGAUCUCUUACAAGUAUCUAUGUCUUUGCUUGUGUGUUUUUAUCCAUAUUUUGGAAUAAUAUCCAGUCAACUGUGGAAAAUAAAAUCACUGCAAACUAUUCAGGACAUCUACUAACUAAAGUUCCAAAAAACAUUCCAGUCCAUACUCAUGUAUUAGAUUUAUCACAUAAUAGGAUCUCUGAAAUUACUAACUUGGAAUUUAUUUCUCUUCCUGAACUUCAAGUAUUAAAUCUUUCUCAUAAUCUAAUUACAGAGCUUGACUUCAGUGUCUUCAUAUUUAACCAAGAUUUAGAAUACUUAGAUUUAUCUCACAAUAACAUUUGGACAGCUUACUGUCAAAUGCUCGCACAUCUUAGACAUUUAGAUCUUUCUUUCAACAAGUUCACUGUCUUGCCAAUCUGUCAGGAAUUUGAGAUCAUGUUUCAUUUGGAAUACCUAGGAUUAAGUGCCACGAUGAUACGAAAGUCAGACUUCAGAUACGUGACACAUUUGCAGCUGAACACUGUCUUCCUAACCUUAGAAGACUUUUCUCUGUAUGAGCCUCUAAGUUUAACAGCUUUAAAUACAAGGAACCUUCACAUUGUUUUUGCAGCAGACCAAAACUUCAACUUUUCCCUCUUAUAUGAUGGAAUGAGCACUUCAGAGAAGUUAAAAAUAUUUAAUUUAAGAUACACCUUGAGCCACAAAGAUUUUCCCUCCCCUUCUUUAGAGCUUCUGAAGAACAUCAAAGCAACAGAGCUAAAGCUUGACACUGUGGACUUAGAAUGGAAGGUCAUUCUGCAAAUCUUUCUGCUAGUUUGGGAUUCAACUGUGGAGCACUUAACUGUGAGAAAUUUGAUUUUUCGGGGACCAGUGGUAGAGCUCACUGAAUAUAAAUUUGUAUCCUAUUUAAGACCUCUGGAACAAUUUCUCUCUUUGGGUGGCUCCAUGAAAGCACUAACUUUGGAGCGUGUUCGAAAUAAGUUGUACUAUUUCAACCAGGAGAUUGUGUACAGAUUGUUUUCAGAGUUGAAUAUUGAUAAUUUGACAAUACAUGAUGCAUGUAUGCCACACAUGCUUUGCCCCCAAAAAACAAGCUCAUUUCAGUAUAUAAAUUUUUCCCGCAAUGCCCUGACAGAUGAAUUGUUCCAGAAUUGUGACACUCUGACAAAUUUAAAAUUACUUAUUUUGAAUAGGAAUAAAUUUAAGAGCCUUUCCAAGGUGAGCUUCAUGACCAGCCGUAUGAAA